AUGGUAAAUAUUGAUAGAGUAAGUGUUCGUAGAAUUAUAGUUAAAAAUUUGAACAUGAAAAAGGUGUGUGCCAAAACAGUCCCUAAAAAUUUGACGAUUGAUCAAAAAUUCAAUCAUAAAGAAAUUUGUUCAGACACUUUAAAAAUCAUCAAGAAUGAUCAAUUUUUUUUAAAUAAUAUUAUAACGUGUGACGAAACAUGGAUAUUUACAUAUAAUCCCGAAACUAAAAGGCAAUCCAUGCAUUGGAAGACACCAACUUCUCCAAGAAUUAAGAAAGCACGAAUGAGCAAGUCGAAAUUCAAAGCAAUACUCAUUGUUUUCUUUGAAAUUAAGGGAAUAAUUUUUGUUGAAUGGGUUCCUAGUGGACAGACAGUUAACUAA